CCUCAAAUAUCAAUCAACCUACCAAAUUUACUCUUAAAACGAUACUAUAAAGUUGCCUAUAUAUGUUCAUGAAAUAUUAAUAUUCUCUAUGCUCAUUAUAUUUGCUUGAUCAAUUUGCUGCAGCCUCUCUUUCUUGACUUUUUUUUUUGGUACCCUUUUUUUGAGAAAUCAUGAAUGCUUUAGCAGCAACAAAUAGAAAUUUUAAGCUGGCAGCUAGGCUUCUUGGUUUAGACUCAAAGCUGGAAAAAAGUCUGCUAAUUCCCUUCAGAGAAAUUAAGGUGGAAUGUACUCUACCGAAGGAUGAUGGCACGUUGGUAUCUUUUGUCGGAUUCAGGGUACAACACGACAAUGCUCGAGGGCCUAUGAAAGGCGGAAUCAGAUACCAUCCUGAGGUUGAUCCCGAUGAGGUAAAUGCAUUAGCACAGCUAAUGACAUGGAAGACGGCAGUUGCCAAUAUACCAUAUGGUGGGGCAAAAGGGGGCAUAGGAUGUAGUCCUAGUGACCUGAGUAUCUCUGAGUUAGAACGACUUACUCGAGUAUUUACUCAAAAAAUACAUGACCUGAUUGGAAUUCACACCGAUGUUCCUGCACCGGAUAUGGGAACAAAUUCACAGACAAUGGCAUGGAUUCUAGACGAGUACUCAAAAUUUCAUGGUUAUUCACCUGCAGUGGUGACUGGAAAACCUAUUGAUCUUGGUGGAUCACUAGGCAGAGAUGCAGCUACCGGAAGGGGUGCUCUCUUUGCUGCAGAAGCCCUGCUUAAUGAGCAUGGCAAGAGUAUUGCUGGGCAACGUUUUGUUAUACAGGGAUUCGGGAAUGUUGGUUCUUGGGCUGCAAAACUCAUCAAUGAGCAAGGUGGGAAAGUUGUUGCAGUAAGUGACAUAACAGGUGCUAUAAAGAACGAGAAUGGAAUCGACAUAGCAAGUUUAUUCAAACAUGUGAAGGAAAAUCGUGGAGUUAAAGGUUUCCAUGGUGCAAAUUCAAUUGAUGCCAACUCAAUACUUGUAGAAGACUGUGAUGUUCUUAUUCCAGCUGCCCUUGGUGGAGUAAUCAACAAGGAUAAUGCAAAUGAAAUUAAAGCCAAAUAUAUUAUUGAAGCAGCUAACCAUCCAACUGAUCCAGAAGCUGAUGAGAUUUUGUCAAAGAAAGGAGUUAUCAUUCUACCAGAUAUAUAUGCAAACUCGGGUGGUGUCACUGUGAGUUAUUUUGAGUGGGUCCAGAACAUCCAAGGCUUUAUGUGGGAUGAGCAGAAAGUGAAUGAUGAGCUGAAGACAUAUAUGACGAGAGGUUUCAAAGAUGUCAAGGAAAUGUGCAAAACUCACAACUGUGAUCUCCGAAUGGGCGCCUUCACCUUAGGCGUUAACCGUGUAGCUAGAGCAACCGUUCUUCGGGGAUGGGAGGCUUGAGAAUGAGACGUGUGGCGACUUGGUUUUUUUCGAAUAAAAAUGUAAAAGCAUGGAGUCUACUCAGUUCUCCAUAAUAUUAAUUUCUGCACUCAGUAUAAUUUGGCAGAAGCUUUAUCCAUUUGAUGUUCUGGCUUGGACCUCUAUUUUCGUUUUUUGAGUUUUUUUUUCUUUUUUCGCCCUUUUAAAUCUUGUGAACUGAAAGUUCUGCCAAAGGACAGAGUAGCUUCUAAAUAGUACUCUUAAUACAAAGCACUGAAAGAGGCACUUUGCUUA